AUGCCGCCGCCUAAAUCGGGACAGCGGUCGAUGACCUUUACCGGGUGCUGGACCUGCAAGAGGCGCAAGGUGAAGUGUGAUGAGAGGUCUUCUGGUUGUGGGAACUGCGAGAAGAUGAAGAUCCCUUGCGAAGGCUACGGCAUUAAGCUUCAGUGGAUCAACGUUUCGAACCCAUUUCUUGAGCAGGAGAAGCCUGGCAGUAGCAGUAAUGGCAGAGGGAGAAUACGGAUUGGCCGUGAUACAGGGCCAGAAUAUCAGAUGAGAGACAUUGACUCCUUCUUGGCAUCCCUUGAAGAAGCACCAAACUCAAAGGGCAUCAUACAAGAAGGUCCUUUCUCUCUUUUUCAAGCCCAUGACGGUAGUCACGAAUCUGGCCAGAGUCACGACUUAGGAAGUCCCGAUAUUGCAGCCUCGGACUGCUCAUUGGUCACCAAUGCUCAUCACAGCUCAGAAUCAACACGGUCCCAGAAGGACGCAACGACCUCACCUAUCUACACUGACUGCGCAAGCUCAAGUCCUUCAUUCUCGACAGCACGAGAGGACGGAUCUCCAAAUCAGAUUGGGCUCGAUGUGGAGCUCAUCAGAACCUCGGAGGAUGACCAUGCCACACCAGAAUUCCAGCUCCAGGAAGAGUUCAACUCUUCGCUGGGCGACAUUGCAGACCUAUUAGAAGACUCAGUCGAGUUGUUGCCGAUGCAGCCGCAAAAUAACAUUUCAUCCAUGAGACUACCGAGACGAAUAUCUACCAGCAUAUCAGGCGACGCAGUCAUCGAUAGACUUAUGCAUCACUACGUGGAGAACAUCGCGAGCCUACUCCAGCCCAUUCCACAUCCCCAGAAUCCUUAUCGAAAGCUCUACGUCCCGGCAGCUCUCCAGGCAAUAUCGGAAUGGCUGCCGAAAGCAAAAAUGGCCACACCUACCGUUUCUUCAGUCAUUUUUCACUCCCUUAUAGCAUCAUCUGCUUUCCAUCUCGGCAAUUGUGGCCCCGAGCAGGCGAAAUACCUUGCCCUCGGGUCGCAGCAUCGCCAAGUAGCGCUGCAUUGCUUACAGUCCGCCAUCAACCCCGCCAUGGCAACAUCGGAAUACAAGCUUCUCAUGGUGGCCAUGUUAUCAAUGGUGACCAUUAGCAACUUCACGACAGGCAGUGAUGCCGACUUUGUGGUCCACCUUCAAGGCACAAAACAGCUGCGGAAAACGCGAAGGCGAUGGAAAGUCAUCAGCAGAGCCACGCGGCAACUGAAUGAAAUUAGCGACUUUCUCUACCUCCUCACUCGCACAGUCUCAUUCUCCUUCACGCCAGGGCCUUGGCCAUCAGAGGGUACAGAGGAUAUAGACGAACCAAUCGCCUCGCAGGCAGAGCCCGACAGCUGCUUCGGGUAUAUGUACGGGAUCACACCCGCCAUCGCUGUGGAUAUCGAGGAGACCUGCCGACUGGCGGAGUAUCUCCUCUGGUACGAAGACACCGAAGAGCCCAUCCCAGAGGGACUGCUCGAGGCCUGCGAAAGCCUUGGCGACCGACUCUGCAACUGGUCUCUAGGCCUCGAAGACGUCCGCCAAGCGAUGAACCAGGAUGCCGAAACCCUGGAAAUCUUUCAACACCACGCGAAUGCGUGGCAUUUGGCUGCAGUCAUUUACUACCACCGACGCAUCCAAAAAUGUCACAGCGAAAACCACCAGCAGCUCCUCGCCGAAAUCGCCGAACACAUGCACGCUGUCGAGGACAUCAAAACGCGGUCGAAGUCCACAAAGACCAACUUCAUGGCGCCCAUAACGUGGCCUGCCUUUGUAGCUUCGUGCGACGCCAGCGAUCGCGGACCGUGGGAGCACUGGUGGGAGAGGAUCAAGUGCUACCGUGUCGCCAACAGCCGGACGCAGUGGAAGGUGGUUCAGCGUUUAUGGGAAAGACGGGAUGAACUAGAGCAAGCGGGCGUUGAUACGUUUGAUUGGAUACAGGCGUUUAAAGACUUUGGGAUUGCUUUGUUCCCAAUCUGA